AUAUUGUAUUGAUAAUCAAUUCUAUGAUAUGCUUGAUAAAUUGUAUCAAGCAAAAUUAAUAAAUGUCAACAGUGAAAUUGAUCAAUAUGAAUCGCGUACUAUUCACCUAGCUGCUAAAUUGUAUGAUAAUACAUUGAUAAAUUUAUUACUUAAAAAUGGUGCCAACAUAAAUGUCAUUGACAUUAACGGCAAUACACCUUUACACGUGUUAGUACAGGCGCUCAACGAUUGUGAUAUAAAUAAUAAUAAUAACUUAAAAACAGACAAAUUUCAAAAAAUUAUUAAAUGUUUAAAUUCAAUGAUUAUCUAUUUAAACAAAUAUAACGGAAAAACUGAUAUAAAACAGAUAAAUUUUCUAAAUACACAAAACAAUUUUGGCAAAACUGUUUUACACUAUGCCGUCAUCAAUGCUAAUAAUAUGAAUGUCGACUAUGUAUUAGAAAUUAUCGGCCAAUUUAUCGACAACGAGAUUGAUGUAGACAUUGAAGACUCAAAUCAUAAGACAGCCCUGUAUUAUAUACUCGACAAACAUGAUGUCCGACAAUUGCAAACAAUUAUCGAUAAGCUAUUAGCAGCCAAAUGUGAUACACUUAACAUCUAUGAAGUACAUGGUUUGCCACAUCAGUACAGACAACAGUUUAUGUCACUGAAAAACAUGUGCCGUACAUACCUGUCGAGGACAUAUCCCACGGUUGUGACGUCCAAUUUGAUACAUAAGCUUGAGUUACCCAAUGAGCUAAAUGUAUUUUGCAGGAAAAAGUUAGUUAAAUUUUAA